GUUUUCAACCAAUUAUCGGGUAAUGGAUAGUUGCAACCAGGUAUAUAAUCUCUAUAAUCGCAACGAAUCUAGUUUACUCUCCAAAACAUUAAAACAUUACAUCACUCAUUCGGAGAAAAAAAAAAAGUGUUGCAGAAAUCAUUAUUGACAAAACCGAAUAACUUUCAUAUUGUGUUCCUAUUUUACUGAUACUCUUAAACUGCAAUUGAUAAUAAUUGGAAGAUCGAAUUAUCUUCGAUGUUUCAAAGAUUUAUCAUCUCCAGUGUACUACCGAGGUUCUGCUGUGGCUGGGUGAACCGACAGUUAAUUUGUGAAUGGUUCAGUUUGUUUCGGAAGCUUGUCAGUUUGGAAGAAAAAGAAACUACAACCUAAAACCGUUUUAUUAAUAUAAUGGAUAAUUGCGCCGCGCACCAUUGAGGGGAUUAAAUUUUCUCUAAUAUUAGGUUAAAAUGAGCUUUUUCUACAAAUUCCGAAUGCAGUAUCUAUUAAGUGCGAUUCACAUACAACAUACACGUCACGUUCACGUCCCGUCACGUCACGAUACGUCAAUGAUUCUACCAUGCAAUUCUCAUGAAAACAUUCACAUACACCAGCAACGUAACGACCCGUCAGCAUACGUUCAACGAAAACGACCGGCAGGGUUUGUAGAAAAGAAUAAAGGUGCCUAUUCUGUAUUCCGACGGAUUUCUAUUUCGUUCGAAAGUGAUAUUUCGAUCGUUUUCGAAUUUACCAUUCCCUAUUCCAAUCGUUUUGCUCGUUUCGAACGAAAGUGUUAGAAAAUUUCGAAUAUGCAUCGAUCUGUCAAAAACCGAUAAACAAAAAGAAACACCGUAUUAAAUAGCGGCGAGUGCGAGUUGAAUUUCAGUUAAUUUUUGAUCCUAAGAGAAAUUUGUGAGAAAAUUUUCUCGUUCAAUGGAUUCCGUUUUGUUACCGAUUUUGGCGGAGCAAGAAGAAAUUGGAAUGCCUUGCUACCAUCGGCGAAACCACCGAAAAUCAACCGACUUCAUGAAACUUUCUGAUGAAGCAUUCAUCAAAAGUUUUCGUCUAAGUAAGGAAGCUUUUCGGUACGUUUUAGAGGAAAUUGAGAACUGCCUUACCACAAGGAAAGGUGGUCUAUCCACGGAGGUGAAACUCGCAGCAUGUUUGCGAUUCUUUGCUGAAGGAAAUUAUCAACAUGGAGCAGGGCAAGAUUAUCACAUUGCCAUAGCACAGCCCACAUUUUCCAAGGUGCUGACUGAAAUGCUUAACAUUCUGGAGCGGACACUGUGUAAGAAAUGGAUUUCCCUAAAUAUGAUGGAAGAUGAACAGCGGCGUGCUAAACUACACUUCUAUCAGAAAACAUCAAUUCCGGGUGUUAUUAUGUGUUUGGAUGGAACCCACGUAAAAAUUAUUCCACCUAAGCUGAAUCGAAAUUUGUUUUUUAAUCGGAAGGGAUUUUAUAGUCUCAACGUUCUGAUUGUUUGUGACGAUCAGCAAAGGAUUCGUUUCGUUGAUCCUACCUUCCAGGGAUCUAAUCAUGACUCUCAUAUAUGGCGUGUAAGCCCUGCAAGAACUCACUUUGAGCAGCUUCACCAAAAUGGUGAAGUUAAUACUAAGAUUCUAGGUGAUGCUGAUUAUCCAUCGGAACCUUGGUUAGUAACGCCAUUCAGAGCAGUGGAGGAAGGGAGUUUGGAGAGCGAUUUUAAUCGCAGGCAUGCCUUGGGUCGUGCUAUCGUCGAGCGGACAAUCGGUUUACUAAAAAAUCGGUUUAGAUGCAUCCUUGGCGCGAGACAACUUCACUACAAUCCUACUAAAUGCGCUCAAAUUAUAAAUGUAUGCUGUGCACUUCACAAUAUAUGCUUAGAAUUUGGUCGUUCUCAGUAGUUAUAAUAUGUUAUGCAGCUGUUUACAUAAUAAACUUUUGUUUAAAUUAAUAUUUAUGACUGUUAAAUUUCAUCUAACUUGUUUGCAAAUGCUCAAAUAAAUAACAACCACCGGAAAAGGAAGUGUCUUCCUUACUUAACUAUGGUUUCGGCAGAAUUAUUUACUCUUAUUCCUGCCAACACUUUGAGAACAUGUCAUUAUCGAUUUCUCGUAAG